GCCACUCUCUGCUGUCUCUCACUGCCACUCUCUGCUGUCUUUCACAGUGUCGCAUCACUCACGCUCACAAUCCGCUCACCACCCUGUCUCCCACACACAAACACAAUCUCCACCGAGCUCCAGAAGCCCGAUGGAUCGCUCCCUCGGCCCCAAACCGAGCCCCCCUGCCCCGCGCCACCGUCCCACUCGCGCGGUCUCCCCGGGGCCGCUCCGGGGCCGGGAGGCCGGCGCCUGGGACCGCGCUCCCCAGCGGGGCCGCUCGCGCUCCCCGUCCCACAGCGGCGACUCCGCGCCCCUCAGCCCCGCCAACCGCCUGCGCAGGAGGAGCGUCAGCCUCGGCGAGCUGAGCCGCUCGCCCGCCCUGGGCCGCCGCGUCGACUCCCUCGCCAGGGAGGUGGUGGGGUCCAGGCCAGGCCGGUCCCAGAGCAAGGGACAGGCCAAGGGCCCUGCCACCGGCGUCAAGGGCGACCCGGCGAUGCUGAUCAGCGAAAAGGACCGCAAGAUUGCCACCCUCAUGCUGGCCAAGCAUGCCGAGCGGGAGAUCGAGGGAGACAUCCGAGCCAGAGCCCAGCUGCAGUGGGACUCGGAGCGCACGGAGCGUGAGAAGAGGCGGAGAGCGCAGCGUGCCGAGGAGCGGGCCCGUGGCAGCGCGUCCUGGCUGCCGCCCGCGUCGCCGCCGUCGCUGCUCGGCGGCUCCUUCCCGCCGAGCUCCUCGGCCUCCCCCGGGAUCCCGCGGCGAGCACGUAGGGAGCCGAGGAGCCCCGUCUCGUCCCUGGGCAGGGAACUCGGCGAACGCCUCAAGCUGCUGCAGAUCGCCGAGACGGCGGCGGCGGCGGCAUCGCGCGGAGGCUCCGUCUCGUCGUCGCGCUCGCACUCGUCCCCGCCGGAGGUUCUGGAGAUCGUCAGGGAGGAGGACGAGGAGGAGGCCGUGGGGGAGUCCGAGAGCGAGCCGGAGCUGGAGGCCGUGGGGCGGCAGGCGAGCUUCUGGCUCAGCAACGGCAACGGCAGCUGGGAGUGCCCCGCGUGGGGGACGGGGAGCCCCGGGCUCUACCCGCGGGCGAUGUCGCCCACGGAGCGCGCCUUUGAGCAGGCGUGGCGCAUUCAGAGGGCGCGCAUCGCGGCCCGGCAGCAGGCGGCACAGACCAUGGAGCGCCACAGGCUCCUGUUGCAGGACACAGAGGAGCGGACCCAGAGAGCGGCGCGCAUCGCCCAAGAGCAGCUGCAGCUCCGCGCGGAGCUCGCAGAGCAACGGCGCAGGGAGCGCGAGGCGCAGCACAGGUCGACGCUGCUGCGCCUGGCCGAGCUGGAGGAGCAGCGGCGGCGCGGGCACGAGGAGGCGGCGGCGCGAUCCCGCGACGCGGGGCUGCGCGCAGCGCGCGAGCGCGACGUGGCGCGUGACGCCGCGCGGGCCCUGGCGCGUGCGGCGUGCCGCGUGCGGGAGCGCGUGCGCGAUGCCGUCAACUCGCGCUCCUUCCACCACGUGGCGCGCGAGGCCGAGGUGAGCGCGCGCACGCUGCGCCAUGCGCCGCCCUGGUAG